AUGCUGCUGAUUCUCCUCACCUUCCUGGUUUUCUGUUUCACCGUAUUAUGGUGGAACCAACAGCUCCCGAAAGACUACAAACAAAUCCUCAACCAGUAUACCUGGAGAGAAUUUAAACAACUCCACUUCAAGAAACUUCGAAGACCCAGUCCUGAACCAGUGCUGGUACAGGCCAGUACUGCAGCAGUAACCCUUGCUAUGGAGACAACAGCAGCAGUAGAUACCCCUUCAGUGGCAACUGCAGGCCCUCCCAAAAAUUCUCUGCCAGUCAGUCUCAAAUCAAAUUUCCCUGUUCCGGUGACCCAAGGUUCUGCCAAACUUAUCCCUCCUGUUCCGGUGACCCAAGGUCCUGCCAAACUUAUCCCUCCUGUUCCGGUGACCCAAGGUCCUGCCAAACUUAUCCCUCCUGUUCCGACAACCAAAGCCCUUUCCAAAAUGAAAAAUGUACCUAAAAUCCUUCCUAAACCAACCCCAGCUCCUUCCAAACCUGAACCCCCAGUUCUGGCAACCCCAGCUCCUUCUAUACAAUUUCACCAGGCCUAUGCACCCAACUAUAACUUCAUCAUGGACCACUUGGAUGCAUGCCAAAACCCUCCCUUUCUGGUCCUCAUGGUUCCUGUGGCACCAAAGAACGUGGCAGCUCGUAACGCCAUCCGCCAGACAUGGGCAAAGGAGCCGUAUGUGCACGGGAAGAGGGUGCUGACAAUGUUCAUGCUGGGACAAGCUGGGGAAGACCCGCAGAGUCUUACUCAGGAGGACAAUGAACACCACGACCUCAUUCAGAGUGAAUUUGUAGACUCUUACUUGAACCUGACUAUCAAGACUAUGGUCAUCAUGCAUUGGGUGUCCACGCACUGCGCCAACAGCACCUUCGCAAUGAAGGUUGACUCUGACAUGUUUCUAAAUGUGGAGAAUCUUGUGGAUAUGCUGAAAUUGCCUCAAAUACCAACAAUCAACUAUUUAACAGGAAUGGUGAUGAGGGACCGUCCAGUCAUCCGUGACAAACACUCCAAAUGGUACGUUCCAGAGGAGCUGUACCCAGAGCCAAAGUACCCCCUCUACUGCUUAGGGAUGGGCUACAUCUUAUCCAGCGACCUCCCAGUUCGAUUAGUGGAGGUGUCCAAAGAGAUCAAACCUUUUAACAUUGAGGACGCAUACAUAGGGAUGUGUAUGAAGAAGCUAGGCCUGAGUCCGACUGCUCCGCCCCAGCCUAGACAGUUUCAGGCUUACAACUCCAAGUAUGACCGCUGCAGGUUCUCCCAGGUCAUAACCUACAUCCUGGGCUCCUCACAGCAGCUGCUACAGUACUGGGACGAUUUGAAGAAGCCCGACCCACCCUGUCCCCAGUGA